AUGACCAAUGCGAUGCCCAACUACGGUUGGUACUUGACGCAGUUGUCGACAAUGAUCUACGUGCCCUUUUUCGCAUGCAUGGCUGGCACUGGCAUCACGCAACAGGCUGAUGUCAAGCUGGUUUCGACCUCAGUGUCCGGACAUGUCACCGUGAAGAAAUUCGCGAUCAUGGGGGUCUUCGAUGGCCUGUCUGGGACUUUCAUGGUGCUAGGAGGCGUUCACACCUCCGGCACGUUGCAAGUGCUCAUGGGCCAGGCUGUGAUCCCGGUGACCAUGCUGUUGUCUGUGCUGCUGCUGCGAAAGCAGUACCAUAUCCUGCAGUACGUUGGUGCGACCACCAUCGUGCUGGGGAUCGUUUUAGACAAGGCCCGGCGACUCUGGGGAGCCCAGGGAGAAAUCAUGGCUUGA